AUGGAAACAUAUGCCAUCUUUAAGGGACUUCUGUUUUUCCUGAUAGAUAUUGUUGGAAUUCCUGGAAACUUGGCCAUUACUGGAUCACUUUCUUGGAUCACUUGCUGUGUAGAUAAGCUGCUACCUGUUGAACUAAUCCUAUGGAAUUUAUCACUUGCAAAUACAAUAUUAAUUUUUACCAGAGGUCUCCCAGCAGCAAUGUUUACGUUGUUUGGAACAAGAGUAAAUAGUGAUGCUGGUUGCAGAAUUGUAGUUUAUCUGUCAUGGAUAUCAAGAGGCAUGGCAUUCUGUUUAACUUGUGUUCUCAGCUGUGUUCAGUGUGUAACUCUAAUUCCACCAUCUUCAAAAUGGGCUCAUAUAAAACAAAGUGUGCCAAAGUAUAUUUUUUAUGUCACCUUUUUUCUGUGGUUGCUGUAUGCAUUAAUGGAAAUAGAAGGAGUCACUUUUUUAGGUCCUCAGACAAAUUCUUCCAGUCCAGAGUUGGUAUUUAAUUAUGGGUAUUGUGUUGCCAUUGUUCCAAGUAUUGUUUUUUUUUAUGCUUAUGGGUUUCUCUUUUUCAGCCGUGAUCUCAUUGUGGUAGGUCUUAUGACUAUAGCUAGUGUCUAUAUUUUACUGGUUUUGUUUCAACACAGGAAACAAGUAAAUGAUAUUAGAAACUCUAACCAGAACAGUGAUGUGGAGAUUAGGGCAGCUAAAACUGUAGUAUCCUUAGUCACAAUUUAUAUAUUGUUCCUUGGAGUCGAGACCAGCAUAUGGCUUUAUCAGAUAGCUGUUUCAAAAGUUAUUCAUCCUGUGGUUACUGAUGUUCAGCAUUUCUUUUCAAUUUGCUAUACCUUUUUCUUUCCUAUCCUAAUCAUUGUAUCAAAUAAAAAAAUUCAAAAUGUUUUCAAAUGUUUACAGAGAUAG